CACUCCCAGACCAAACAUUCGUAGUUGAGACACCGUGAUGAGAACACCUGUACGUCAUGGCACCAGUGUUGUCUAGGAACCAGAAAAUAGGUUUAGCUCUUAGUUGUAUGUUGAUAACUGAGGAAAAACGCCGGAAGAAACGGAAAAUAUGGGCUAAGCAGUGGCUUCAUGAUCGAAAAAGGUUUACACACUUAAAUCUGUUAAAAGAACUGGACGAGAGUGAUUUUAGAAAUUUUUUGCGAAUGGACGAGCAGUGUUUUACCGAUUUACUCUAUAUGGUUAAGCCUUUCAUUGAGAAAAAGAACACUUUAUUUAGAAGUUCUGUGAGUGCUGAGGAGAGGCUGAUUGUAACUCUCCGAUAUCUGGCAACUGGGAGGAGUUACGAAGACUUAAAAUUCAGUGCUGCUAUUUCGCCUCAGCUCCUGUCAUCAAUCAUACCUGAAACCUGUGCUGCAAUUUACCACUGUCUGAAGAAGUACAUAAAGAUUCCAAAAACUGAGGAUGAAUGGAGAACUGUUGCACAUCAAUUUGAGACCAAGUGGAACUUCAAUAACGCUGUUGGAGCAAUGGACGGAAAACACAUAGCUAUACAAAAACCAACAGGAAGCGGAUCGCAGUACUACAAUUGUAAAACGUUUUUUAGCAUAGUGUUAUUUGCUAUCGUUGAUGCAAACUAUCAGUUUAUGUACGUAAAUGUUGGGGCCAAUGGGAGUGUGUGUGAUUCUACAGUUCUCCAAAACUCGAGUUUUUACCAGAGACUUAUAAAUGAUGAAUUGAGAUUACCAGCGCCAACAGCUUUACCAGGUACGAAUAAGUGCAUCCCAUAUGUUUUCCUUGGAGACUCUGGGUUUAGUCUUAGCCCUUACAUAAUGAAGCCUUACCCGUUAAAAAAUAUUACUCAUGGGCAAAGAAUUUUCAACUGCAGACUAUCACGAGCAAGAAGGGUUGUUGAAAACGCGUUUGGCAUAUUAGCAUCACGGUUUCGCGUUUUCCUACAAGCCAUUGCAAUCAAUGUGGAAAAUGUAGAAGUAGUUGUUCUUGCAUGUUGCGCCUUACACAACUACUUGUCUCAGAGAAAUGCAAUGUACAUAACCCCUUCAUCUGUUGACACUGAAGAUGUUAAUACAAUGCAGUUACGACCUGGGGAUUGGCGUGAGGUGCGGCCCUUGGCACCAAUGCAGCAAUCGAGUGUAAGAACUGUUUCUAAACAAGGAAAGAACAUUCGAAAAUGUUUUCUUGAUUACUACAACGACAAAGGAGCCCUUACGUUUCAAGAGGAUAUGUUAAGAGCGCAAUAACGUGAUUUUGCUAAUUGCUUACCACAGCAUCCAUUUGUGACUUGUCUUCUUCCAGAGUAUCCAAUCCUUCUCUGAUCAUCUCCUUCUCUUCCAAGAAUGACAUGAGUUCAUAGAACCAGAGACGUGGUGUAUAUAUCUGGCUGCUGCCAGCUCCAGUUGUUUCACUGGCUCUUACCUGCAAUGAAUGUUUAAUUUCAAUUAUUUUGUUAUUAUUAGCUUACUAUUAGGGGAAAUGUAUGUUCCCCUUUGUAAUCAUUAUAUCCUUAUUAAAAUACUAA